AUGGCGUUUCUACAGCAGUUUGCACUUCUUCUGGCAUUAUUAAUCGUUUUCAGUACUUCAUGCAAGGCUGCAGCAUUAGAAGUCGAUAGUGUUGAAGUAGGCCAUAACUAUUCUUCAAAGUCAACAGCCACUGAGGAUACUAGUACCUCUACCAACAAUUCCACCGAUGGACAAGCCCCUUCGUCAAUUACUACAUUACCUAUUGUCAUCUGGAAAUGGCAUCAUGUGGAAACGCCAUACCUGGUGGCCCUCUGGAUAUUGACCUGUUGGCUGUGUAAAUUAGUGUGUGAACUGAAUCACAAUGUCACCAGUGUGAUCCCAGAGAGUGGUCUGCUCAUCAUCCUGGGCUUUAUUUUGGGAGGAAUCGUCUGGGGAGCAGACAAAGCGCAGACUUUCAAACUGAUCCCCGUCAAUUUCUUCUACUACUUGCUUCCCCAGAUCGUCUUGGAUGCAAGUUACUGCAUGCCAAACAAACUAUUCUUCAGCAACCUGGGAGCCAUUCUCAUCCAUGCCGUUAUCGGAACGUGCUGGAAUGCAGGCACAGUGGGCGUUGCGCUAUGGGCCUGCUAUGAAGGGGGUGCAAUGGGGACCUUGAACAUCGGCCCUCUGCAGUUCCUGUUAUUUGGUGCCCUAAUGUCUGCCGUGGACCCUGUGGCUGUGAUUGGCGUGUUUGAGGAAGUGCACGUGAAUGAAGUGCUCUACAUCCUGGUGUUUGGAGAGUCCCUGCUCAAUGAUGGUGUCACAGUGGUACUUUAUAAUGUGUUUGAUGCAUUUGUGUCUCUGGGAGGUCCGAAGAUCAACGCCGCAGAGAUGAUCAAAGGAAUAGUUUCGUUCUUUGUUGUGUCAUUUGGAGGCUCGUUUCUUGGUGUUGUGUUUGCCGUUCUGAUAUCCAUGCUGACCAGGAUUACCAAGAACGUCCAGGUCAUCGAAGCCGGCUUCAUCAUUGUGCUUGGCUACUUGUCUUACCUGACGGCUGAGAUGCUCUCACUGUCUGCCAUACUUUCGAUCACUUUCUGUGGUGUCUGCUGUCAGAAGUACAUCAACGCCAACAUGGAUGAGAAAUCUGUCAUAACGUUACGUUACACCCUGAAGAUGAUGGCCAAUGGCUCAGAGACCAUGAUCUUCGUCUUCCUGGGAGUUUCAGCCAUUGAUAAAACCAUCUGGGUUUGGAACACUGGCUUCAUCCUCCUCACACUCUUCUUUGUUGUUGCAUUCAGGUUCAUGGGUGUUUUCUUCCUCAACUGGGUCUUGAAUAAGUCUCGUCUGAUUCCUAUUGACAUCAUGGACCAGUUUGUAAUGGGCUACGGUGGCCUGCGAGGAGCAGUGGCAUAUGGACUAGCAGCCAUUUUGGAUGAGAAAAAGAUCCCAGAGAAGAAUCUAAUGCUUGGUACCACGCUCAUUGUGGUGUAUUUCACCGUCAUUCUUCAGGGGAUCUCCAUGAAACCACUGGUUCAAUGGCUUAAGGUUAAAAAGGCAACUCAGUCAGAUCUGACACUCAAUGGAAAAAUGAACAACAGGGCUUUUGAACACAUACUGACAGCAAUGGAGGACAUCUGUGGCCGAAUGGGAGAUAAUUGGUGGACCAGACAUUGGAAGCAUUUUGACGAGAAGUAUGUCUGUUGGCUACUAAUGAAGAGCGAUGCCAGAGAGCACAAUGACCCAAUCUUUGGUGCCUUCCACAAACUCAAUCUGGAGGAUGCCUCUAAAUACAUCACUGAAGGUGAACGCAAAGGUUCUCUGGCUUUCAUUCGUAAUUAUGACAGUGCCUCUGUCGACUUCAAGAAGAAGCUUGCUUUAGAGUAUGCAGACAUCAUGCCUAAUAUUAUGGCUGACAUAUCAGAAUAUGAUUUUGGCAUUGACAAUGUUCCAGUCAACUCUGUCAUGAAGAACACUAUUCCAUCUGUAUCCCUGGAUAUCCAUGAGCAAGACAGGAACAGGAGCAUGCCUAAUGACCUCAGUGCCCAUCAUAUACUAGAUCAGCACCUGUACAAGAGCAGAAGAGAUAACCAUGCCACUUACAGCCGCAGUCACUAUAACACCUCAGAGAAUCCAGAUGAAAUGCAGGAGAUCUUUCAAAGAACCAUGAGAAGCCGCCUUGAGUCCUUCAAAUCGGCUAAGAUGGGUGUUAACCCUGCGAAAAAACUCUCCAAACAUCCCAAGAAGGAUUCAACACACAAGCCUAAUGGUAAGCCAGCGGACCCACACAGAACCCAUCCAUUUGGAGAUGAAGAUUUUGAGUUUUCAGCUGACAGCGCAUCUAGCAGUGAAAUUGCUGGUCAUUUUCCCAGGAGAAGCACAAAUGCACCUGGUGCUGGUGUUGAUAAUCCAGCGUUCAUACCCGAGAUGGACACCUCUCCACCCAUGCGGAACCCACCCUGGCAAACAGAGACAGCAAACAACACGGCUGUGGCAGCUUCCCAGAGAGCUCAGGGUCGACUGCCCUGGACGCCCACCAACCUGAGACGUCUAGCGCCGCUGAGAAUGAGCACACACUCCACAGACUCCUUUGCAAUGGCUGAUGCUUCAGUUGACGACGAGGUGCCUGAGGAAAAGCCCGGAACACAUCAUACUAAAUUGUAAUCUGAUAUCGUUCCAGCAAUAACCUGCCAAACUUGCGAUUAGGUUAAUCCUCUGCAUUUCAUUUUAGGCAGUUAUGAUGUCAUGAGGCCAGAGAUUAAGGAAUCAUAGUGUCGAAUCGUAGUAUUCAUCAUAUAUCUUUAAAAAUGUAUAUACACAUGCAGCAGUUACUUGAAGUCACAUUGCUAUAUAUACAUGCAUACAUAUAAGCAAAGGGAAGAAAAUAAAUACAAAUUUAGAAGAGACACUGUCAUUGAAGUACUUAUGUAUAAGGUUAUGGAAUGCUCUUGAGGGUUUCUUUAUAAAUCCACAUUGUUGUGGAAGCUGUUAUGGCACUUUACCACACUGACAGCAUGCUAGAAAAUAGAAAACAUUGAGCUCAAAAGACAAAAUCAUUAUACUCAAAUAUAUUUUGUCUGAGUUAAGAACUGAGAAGCAAUUGUCUAUCGGUUCUAUAUUCAGGUACGUUCUUGACCUAUCUUGAUAUUUUUUGACCUUGGACAUGUCUGUCUAUACACAUUUUUAAAAUCAGCAUGUUGUAUAUGAUUAU